AUGGUGAAGCUCAAAAGCCGAUAUGUUCUUCUGGAAAUUUACAAUGUUUCUGAGGGCAAACUGAAUCUAUCCCCAACGAUGCUUUUCUCUGCUAUAGCCGAAAACGUUGGGGAGUUCCACGGCGAUUUCGGAUUUGCAAUCUGCCGAUCUGGUCUAGCGGUAAAAGUCGUCGAUGGCGAUAUCGCGUUGAUUCGCGUGGAAUCAGCCAGUGAGAAGUAUGUUACCAGCGUAUUACCAUUUAUAACCAACAUUGGUGGUAAUGAAGUUGUGCUGCGUUCGCUCUUUGUUGGUCGCAGUGUUCGGGCAUGUGAAAAAUUUCUUAUAAAAUAUAGAAGGAGCGAACUGUAUGGUAUGCUGAAGUCAGCGAAGUCUGGAGUGGAGAAAAACGCUAUACUGAAAGCGUUGAAUGAUGCUAGUGGCCAGCUAAAAGAAGCACCGGCGCAAACGAAGUCUUCCACUUCUUCUUCAGCGUGA